CUUUGCUUACUAGUUCUCUCUCGGUCGCUCGUAUUUUGAGUUUUCUGAGUUGGCCUCUGUCGCGCAGCCAGUGAGAAUCCCAGGAGGACUUGGUCGGCAUGGAAUACCCCUCUUGCCGAGCUGGACUCAGUACCGCCAUACCCGCCAAAGCAUAAGCACCGUGACAGCCUCGCGUUUACUCGCGUUUACUCGCGUCAAAGUGAACCUGCGUGCCUGACUGACCCGACUGCGUCGCUCUUUGACUUUUCGACUGGCUUUAUUGUCAGCGGAGGCUUGUGUCUCUUCGGCCUAUCUUGCCCGGGUGGAUUAUCGCUAUUUCGCUAUUUCGCUAUUUCGCUGCGAUCCACGAAAUCACGUUGACGUGCUUCCAGAUCCGAAGCCUGUCGUCGAUAACCGGACUAGUGUCAAACAGCCUGGAAAGUCAGUCGUACGCGUUUCCGUUGAGACGCGAAUCGUUCGUCGGUCGCGGACCGUGCGCGCACGUUCGGAGAGUUCUCUCGGUGAGGAUCGAAGUUUUUUUUUUUUCUUUUCGAAAUUUGUGGAGGAAUUUAAGAGAAGCGAAGGAAUAACGAGAAAUCGUUCGACCUCGAGGGCUGCGAUUCAACCUGAAUGCGGGAUAUAGAACCGGUCCGCCGGAUCGGUGUGAACAUUUAAAGUGAGUGAACCUUUUCUCAGCGAAAAGCUAGUGGGUGUGCAUUUAUUCGAAGACUGGAUUACGAAUAGUCUGCUCCUCGAAAGUGCCUUCUGCCUUCUGGCCCGAGCGUCGUCGCAUCGCUCCCUGACAUCGAACGAUCAAUUACCGCGUCGCCGCACUUGAUGCAAUUGACUAAAUCGAUCAACAGCCACCGGUCCGUCUCGCAGCCUCCUGCGAUCGUCCGCUGCAGCGAGAGAGCAAUGCUCCCCGGGUCCAGAAAUACCGACUAACAACGACGGAUCAAGGGGACCUUCAGAAUUACUUCAUCUGGCAGUACCGACGGGCCCAAACAUGGAGAGGAUGGACCCCACGGGCCGCUCCUAGUGACUCGGGACGAGGAUGAUCAUGUAGACGUCGAGUCUAUCGAUUCCGAGUUGAUCAUCAGCGAGAGCAGAUUGACGAAUCGCGACGGGGACCGUCCUGGCGACUAUCCUCCCCCAAUCGUAAGGGAUGCACUCACGGGGGAUGCCGAUCGGACCGAUCGAGACCGGAUAGAGGACUAUGUUAAGCAUCAACGAUCUGCGCGCCUGGCCAAUCCCGAAGGGAGGAUCGACGAUUCCGCGGCAGAUCGUCGGCAUCGCGGCGCCCCGCUCCUGAUUGCUCGAGGGCCGAUUCUCGAGGGUAGCACCUGGUGCGACAGGAGGAAGAUGCCGGAAAAGGAGGUGGCCUAUCACCAGGAGGCCUUCUCCCUGCUGCCGCCGCCCCCGCACCACCCGCACUCCGCUUUCCACGCGGCCUUUCAUCCGCACCCUCAUCCACCGCCGCCGCCGCCCUUUCAUCCCCAUCAUGGACCGCCGCCGCCGACGCAUCACGCCGCCGCGGCCGCCGCGGCCUGGGAACAUCACGCUGCCGCCGCGGCGGCGGCCGCCGCCGUAGCUUUUCACGCGCCGCCUCCGCACCCAUUAUCCGGCAGCACGACGGCGAUCGGCAGCGCCGCUGGUGGAAACGGCGGGGCCGGCAGUGGUAGCGGGGGCGCCGGAAGUGGCGGAGGCGGUGGAAACGCGACUUCCGGUGGCGAUUUCUUACGCAGAAGUCACCCCCUCUCGGAGCACACGCCACUUCACCCCGCCUAUCGGCUCAACUACAUGGACCACAUUUAUCAUCAGCUCCAGGCCUCCACGCACAGUCCCAACGCCUCGUUACACGGGCUGGCUGGUUUGGGCCCAGAGUACCUAUUGCACGCGGCAGGCCCCGCGAGCACCCUCGCAUCCUCGGAAUUCCCUUUUUCCAUUGACGCAUCUUCGAGGCUAGGGAGUCCCAGGGCGUCGGCUUCAGCCAUCAGGGCAAGUCGAAAAAGGGCCCUGAGCAGUUCCCCGUACUCGGACCGAUUCGAUAUCGACAGUAUGAUCCGAUUCAGUCCCAACAGUCUCGCCUCGAUCGUUAAUGGAUCGCGAAGUAGCAGCGCCAGUGGCAGUUACGGCCAUUUAUCAGCCGCCAUGAGUCCUGCGCUGGGAAUGCAUCCAGGUAUGCCGCAUCUCCAACAACUGCAAGCUCAUCUCUUGCGCAACGUGGCCGCCGCUGCUCUCUUACCUCACACCCAUCCCCUUCAGCCCCCACCUCAACCCCAUCCUCAUUCCCAUCCUCAUUCGCACGGUCUCGGAGCACAUUCGCAACUCUUUCCGGUCCCACCUCAUUCGGCAGCAUCCGUCAGCCUGGGACCUCACGGUGGGCUACCACCAAAGAGCGAGCAGGGGCCGGAAUCCUGUAGAAAAGCUUCGGAAGCUUCCAACAGGUCCAUUGCUGCUGAAGCCGAUACUUCCUCGAGGAGGCCGUCGGCGAAGGUCAAGAGGGAACCUGCGACGACGACGACGACGACGACGGCUCCGCCGACCCAUCCGCAGGGUCUUAGUCCUAGUGAAGAUCUUAGAGAUGAACCUGGCGACUUCAUUGAAACGAAUUGUCACUGGAGAGACUGCGGCCUCGAAUUUCCAACUCAGGAUGAUCUUGUGAAGCACAUAAACAAUGAUCACAUCCAUGCGAACAAGAAGAGCUUUGUGUGCGGGUGGGAGGACUGUUCGAGGGAGGAAAAACCAUUUAAAGCUCAAUAUAUGCUGGUUGUUCACAUGAGACGACACACGGGUGAAAAACCACAUAAAUGCACGUUCGAAGGCUGCUUCAAGGCCUACUCCAGACUGGAGAACCUGAAGACUCACCUGAGGUCGCACACAGGCGAGAAGCCUUAUACCUGCGAGUAUCCAGGAUGCAGCAAGGCUUUCAGUAACGCUAGCGACAGAGCCAAACAUCAGAACAGGACUCACUCCAACGAGAAACCGUAUGUCUGCAAGGCGCCCGGAUGCACCAAGAGGUACACUGAUCCGUCGUCACUGAGAAAACACGUAAAGACUGUUCACGGGGCGGAAUUCUACGCUAACAAGAAGCACAAAGGUGGCGGCGGCGAUGGCGGAGGAAGCGACGAAGCCGGUGCAGGUGGACACAGCCCAAGUAGGAGCGAAGAUCUUCAUCCGAAGACACCGAGCCUGUCGAGUCCAAGUGUCAAAUCAGAGAGCGAGGCCAACAGUCCGCCAAGUAUGAUGCAGCAACAGGGUAGUCCCCUUGUUGGGGGAUGCACUGAUGACGUCAGCGGAGUCGGCGGAGUCGGAGGCGACGGCGUUGCACUCGCUGAGGAACCUUGGAACGAGGAACCGGAUGACCUCGACAUUGCUGAUCUGCCUGUUGCACUUCGCGCUAUGGUUGGGGGUAUGGAAUCUCAACAGGCACCACCACCAUCGAGAAAUCGUUUGAAGGGAAGACUGAACGCCAAGGUCAUACCGCCACUUCCGGUUGGCGUCACAGGAUUGAGAGCUGGUCGCGGCAUCGGUCCUCAGGGCAACAUCGGUGAUCUCAACAGGAGAAUUACGGAUUUGAAGAUGGAGGGCGGUACCAGGCAGACCAGCUUGUCUGAUCUCCAGUUGAGGCUGCAGCCCUUGAGCGAACCUCGAAGAGACAGCAACAGUACUGUCAGUACCUAUUACGGUAGCAUGAGGUCGGCGGACUUUGGAAGUAGAAGAAGCAGUCAGGCCAGUGGAGUCAGCGCUAUCAGAAUGGGUCCUGCUGGACCUGGAAGCUUCUACGAUCCUAUUAGUCCUGGGACUUCUAGAAGAAGUAGCCAACUGAGUACGACUUCGGGCAGAGUUAAUCCUCCUGGUCAUCUUCAGGGACCUUAUUCCACGAGCAACCUCGUAGUUCAAACCCAAAAUAUGUCGCUUCAGGGCGUUCAGGGCAUGCCUAGUGACUGGACUCCUAGUGGACAUUGUCUGCAGCCCUCUGGUGAUCGCAGAAUGUCGGAACCUGCCCGAGGUCAUCAAGGACAAAGGACCUCGCCUCCUAUGCCACCAAGGCCAAGAUCGGCCCAGCUUCCAGAGCUUCAUCCAAACCAAGAAGUCAUCCUGGACGAAGUCGGUGAAGGGGAAAUGGUCGAGAAUAAAUUAGUAAUUCCGGAUGAGAUGAUGCAGUACCUGAGUCAGGUGCAGGCAGGAGGGAAUCAAGUCAGCUACCGGGGUAGUCCUCUUCCAAUCUGUCAAUCGCCAAUCUGCACGAAUCCUCUUCAUUACCAACGACAACAGCCGCCAUGCAACUACAACCAGUCGCACCAGCAGAGCUGCUAUCCACAACAAAACUCACAGCAGAAUUGUUCAAAUUACCAGAACAUGUCUCCAUCCUACUCGCAGUGUCCCAGCUCUCGCAUGAGCCAAGCAUCAGGUUACUGUCCACCUCAGACCUACGGGCCUCAAUCCUGUGCCUCGCAAAUGACCAGUCCAGCUGGUCAGGUAAUGUCUCCAGGUCAAGUGAUGUCCCCUGGCCAAGUAAUGUCACCCGGCUCUCACUACGCGCCUAGCCACGUGAGCGAUCAGCCAAUGACGUCACCAGCAGCAGGAGCACUGGCACCGCAACAUGGACCUCACAACAUCCAGCCAAAUUCUGCCCAGAUGACGAGGAACUGUACCCAGAAUCAUCCACCACAUGCGUAUUACCCGGGAUACGGAUGUCAGGGUCAGGCCAACGUCAACUGUGGCCAAUCCAAUCAUUCUAAUCAAUCCUGCAUGCCAAAUCAUCCUUUGGGACAACAAUGCGUUCAGAUGCGUGCUGGGCCAAACUGUCCGCAAUUGUCACCACAUUGUGCUCAGCCACCAGCGACCAAUCAAGCGUCGAUCAAUCAUGCAAACAACCAAUGCGGCCAAUCAGGUAAUUCCUGUAAUCAACCGGUGCACCCGCAUCAUGGAAACAACGGGAAUGCUUCCAAUCAUCGAACGAUGCCUAUACAAAAUGGGCCAAGUAUCCCAGGCAUGACGAGUCAUGGUCCAGCCCAGAAUCAGUGUCCCCAGAUGUCGCCACACUGCUCCCAGCAGCCAACACUGCAAAAUCCCAAGCCAGGAACAAAUUUGACCAAUCUUCAGAACCCAGCCGGAGGGCAGUGUUCGCAAAUGGCUCAAAACUGUACUCAUCCCGGGAGUCAACAAGUGGCCGGUCAAGGUGUUCCCAAAGGAAUGACCCAACUGUGCCCGCAAACCAAUUGCAGGAUACAAUCCUGCAGCCACAACUGUCAACCUCAAGCCAAUUCCAACCAGUACAGCUGCAACUGUCCAUGGGGCUACAACUCGGAGCAGUGUUACCAUACUCACGGGAGCAACAUGCCCGAAAUUCAAUGCAGAGACAUCAGCCAGUCGCAGCAGGGGUCGCCGGUGAAGCUUCCUCAGGGAAUGAGACAGGACUCCUACAGGAGGACCCUGGAGUACGUGCAGCAGUGCAGGAACUGGUCUGGAAAUACGCAGCUGCACGAAACUAACGUUUCCAGCUCGACUCAUCCGAUGUCACUGCCCCAGCCAUUACCCUCAAGUGCCAAUAUGGUGGUCAACGACAUGACAACCUCCUUGAGUUCGUUGCACGAGGAAAAUCGAUACUUACAGAUGAUUCAAUGAAGACUGGAAAAGGCAGAGACUGUAACGAUCUUACGACGACCUUCCGAUAAGUGCCUGAUAACAGAAUCGGAGCCACCCAGCAUUUAACUUCGUGAAUACCUUAGUAUUUUUUGUAACCGAAUGAAUUAAGGCAUCAUUACUUUUGAACCUAUGGAAAUAAUAAAAAAGUGAUUCGGUCUCGUGGGUUGGCAAUAAUGUGCCUACUCUACUUUUAUACGUAGAGAGCAAACGCGUCGUGCCUUGACAACUUAAUUUAUUGUAACCUAGAAUUAACACGAAGUGCCUUUAUAAGUAAAUCGCGCACGUCGCCAAGUCGUUCGCGAUAACAAGAAAAGCUCAACUUUUGAUAGCCUAUCGAGAAACUUCAUCAUUCGCAUCAUCCAUUCAUUUUUGCCUUUCCUUCAUUCAUCCUUUUUUUUUUAUCAAUGAUAAGCGAUUCGAUAAGCCCCAACAUUACCCGGUAAUUCAUUGAUAAGAGAAUCGAACCUUCAAUUAUUUAUCAUUCACUCAUCGUGAUUCGCGACAAUCUUCUGCGUUUUCAUUCUUCCAUCGAUCUAAUUAAUGUAUGAUGUAAAGCAUAGGGAAAACCCUCCUAGCAGCCAUAUACAAUUUUUGUAAUUGAUCAUAUGCAUUUUAUUCAUUUUUCUUAUUUCUCGAGUCUCAUUCUCACCAAUGAGCGUACGACGUACGCUGUGAUAAGAUAAGAAGAGCCUCGGGUAUUGACGAUGUGUUAUAUUUUUAUUUUUCAUUUGUUUUGUUUUUUUGUGUUUUUCUUUUGUCAGCCCUUUGUUUUUACUUGUUUUUUUUUUAUUCCUUACGAUACCCACGAAUGACGGCGAUGACAAUGACAAUAAUUAUGAACGUGAUGCUCACGUUGACAAUAGUAAUACUAAUGACUCUAAAUGAUAGAUAUGUGACUCACAUAGGCAUAUAAGUAAUACACAAAAACACAGAGAUGGCCAAUACUAGUUUGUAACGUAUGUAGAUAGAAAAUCGAACGUGUAUGUAGAGUAAGUAUUUUCCAUGAAAAUUAUUUUGUAAAAAAAAAAAUUAAGGACUCAACGUACGUCCGUAUGUUGCUGACGCUCUUUACUUUUUUUUUUUUUUUUU